AUGGCACGGAAACUAAGCCACCAGAGGGUCACGUACGUGCUCCCUCUGCCUGAUGCCCCCGGUGGCCACCGGCUGGGGGUCAACGGCCUGACCGUCGACCGUCAGAACUCCAUCCUGUACUCUGCUGGUCGCGACGGUGUCAUUUGCUCGUGGGACCUCGACUGCUCACUCAGUACCCUACAUGCCUCGAAUCCCUAUGCCUCAUCCAAUCACAAGCCAAGCCCAACUCGUUUCAAGACUCAGGUCCAGGCCCAUAGUCACUGGAUCAAUGAUAUCGUUCUGACCCAGGGUAACUCUGCUCUCGUCUCGGCCUCGUCGGAUACCACCGUCCGACUAUGGCGUCCACACUCGGAGUCGACGGACGUCCCAGAGCGGAUCGGAAAGCAUAGCGAUUAUGUCAAGGCGCUCGCGACUCCUGGCGGCCAGGCCAGCUGGGUCGCGUCGGGCGGUCUUGAUCAUAAGCUUUACUUGUGGGAUUUGAAUGGUGGCGGCGAGAUCUUGAGCAUCAAUGCCGGUGGAGACGAUACGACCGAGAAAGGGUCCGUCUAUGCCUUGGGCGCGGUGAACUCUGUGCUGGCGAGCGGCGGACCCGAGAACGUGGUCCGAGUGUGGGAUCCCAAGUCUGGGAAACUCGUUACUAAGUUCGUUGGUCACACGGAUAACGUUCGGGAUAUCCUGGUCAAUGAGGCUGGUGAUACGAUCAUUACCGCGUCGUCAGACCAGACCAUCAAGGUCUGGUCGCUCACUGCGGGUCGCUGCAUGAACACGCUUACCAUGCAUAACGAUAGUGUCUGGUCGCUGUACUCGGACGAACCAGACCUAUCUGUGUUCUACUCUAGUGAUCGCUCCGGUUUGGUCGCCAAGACCGAUACUCGUGGUUCUGCGGAUGUCGAGCAGGGUACCUGCGUUGCGGCAUUGCAGGAACACGAGGGUGUGGUCAAAGUUGUGGCAGCUGGCGAUUUCAUCUGGACAGCUACACCCAAGUCCAGCAUCAACCGCUGGAGAAAUAUUGAUACCAAGCUCGAGAUUGAAGCACCUCCGGACCCGGCACGAACUAUUGACUCGACCGCGGCUGAACCGGAAAAAUCGACACCGACGGACAAAACGCUCAAGAAAAUCCCGUUCAAUGCGGUUCUACAGUUGUCAGCUACGUCAGAGCUGCUGCGUCCUGCUUCGCCUUCCAGUGGACACUCUGGGGAAACGGGGCUGGAGAAUGACCUUGGUUUGACUAUUCCGGUGCAUUCGUUGCCAGAAGAGACUAUCGAGGGCCAGCAUGGUCUGAUCAAGUGUUUGAUGCUGAAUGAUCGCAAACGGACUCUUACACAAGACUCGGCCGGAGAAGUGGUGCUGUGGGAUCUGCUCAAGUGUGUUCCCGUCCAAGCCUUCGGCAAGCGCCAUAUUGAUGACGUGGCUACCGAAAUUAACACCACAGAGAGCAUUUCCCACUGGUGCACCAUUGAUAUCCGGACGGGCAGGUUGUCUGUGAUCCUUGAGCCUAAUCGCUGCUUCGAUGCCGAGGUUUAUGCGGAUGAGGCUGAUCUCCCUGCAUCUGACCUAUCACAGUUCCGGGAGGAUCAACGAAUCAACCUCGGAAAGUGGAUCCUGCGCUGGCUCUUCGCCCCUCUGGUGGACGAGGAGAUCCGACGUGAUAACGAGUACCGCGAGACAGCCAUCGCCAAAGCAGAGGAGCUCGCCAAACUCAAUCCUCUGAGCACAUCUGCCCCCGGCGAUGACAUUCUCCGUAGUAUAGGUAUUCCCAUUCACAGCGACGCUUCUGCGACCACUUUGCGCCCUGGGAUGGAUUUCCCAGGUAGCCCAGCGACUCCAGGGUUUGGCAUUAACAUUGGUACUCCGUCGUCCGCGACAUACCUGAGCACGUCCAUGCAGAGCACUUCGGUACAGAGCAAUUCUUUCUUCCCGGCCUUCGAUGCCGAGACUCCAGAUGCUCUGCCUCCAGCUCACCCACCGCAUGACGGAGGUCCAUCGUCCUUUUCGGAUAGAUCGGAUUACUUCUCCUCCCGGCCACCGCAAAUCGAGACCGAGAAGCCUCCAAUGUCGCCAUCUGACGGGUCAUUCUUCGGGAAGAAACUGAAUUUCCCGAAGAAGCUUGGGCGCACUUCCACCGACAUCAAGCCCCAGAUCCUGGAGGAAAAGCCCGAGGAGUCCGAAAUCUCGUCUGUCAAGGAAGAGAAGGUUUAUGAGGCUAACAUCAGUGGAGUCAUUGAUCGGAUCCACGAUGACUACGAGGAGUUCUUGUCUAAUAAUCCCGGCCGGGACUUGGUGUCGGCGAUUACUCCCAGUGCAGACAAUGAGACUCCUCGACUGGAUAUUCCCCCGCGAACUGCGGUGUUUAUCCAGGAGGAGACUGGUGAUACUGCCGUGGCCUCGGAUCUCUACCGGGGUAGUGUGGAUCUCAUUGGACAAGAUAUCGAGCGGUUGGAGAAGGCGAUUCCUCACUGGCUUGGGGAAUUGCUCUUGAAGAACCAAAUUCCCUUCAAGGAGCAGGUGAAGAUAGCCUUUGUUCUGAGGCCGUUUGAUGAUUCUUUGCCACCAGUGGUCAAGCCCGAGCCACCAAGUGCAACGACUGGCCCUGGCACUGCAAAUGGUGCCAACAAUAGCUCUCGGCUUAACGCCAAUCGUAUGCUCCGCACGAAGAAAGUCCUUGCAUACGUGGCCGAGCGCAUUGAUCCUCCGAACCCCGAUGAGCCCGAGGCCAACCAGAUGCCACCCGAGGAGUACCUUGAGCUAUAUUGCCAGAAGAUACUCUGUCCGCCUAAUAUGACUCUGGCUACCAUCCGGACUCACCUCUGGCGUACAUCCGGAGAUAUGAUCCUGCACUACAAGACCAACGGUAAAAAGCAGAUCCGUCCUCCGAAGUCCUUGAUGAAUAUCGACGAGAAUCAUCUCUCCGCCGAAACCAAUGGCACUAACGGUGACGCCAAUGCACCACCUGGGAGUAUCCACUCCAUGACCAACUCGGGGUCUGUUGCUGGCUCCAUCGCAACCUAG